AUGGCCGCGGGCGUCGCCCGCCCCGCCGCGCCUCCCGCCCCCCCCCACCUUCGCCGCGCUCGAGUGGCCGCGCUCUCCCCCGCGCUGCUGUCCCCUCCCGCCUGCGGGCCGGGCUCCCGUUACACACCCGCCAGACCACCCACCGCCCGGCCGCCGCGGGCCGCCUCCGCCAGACUGACCGCCAGGCCUGCAGCGCGCCACCCAGACACCGCGCUGCCACCGCCGUCCACCGCGGUCCACCGCGCGCCCUCGACGGCCUGGGGCCCCAGCGAUGUGGGCUCAGCCAAGAAGUGUCUGAGCCGGCCGCGGCCCCUGGACAGUGACUCCAGCAGCUCGCCACCCACCACGUCCCCCGUCCCCUAG